UGGUGUUUUCUAGGUUUGGGGAAAAAGGCAAAUGUUUUUGAAGAAAAGUUUCAAACAUCUGAUGGAUGUAAGAAAAAAAAUGUAAUAAAAAGGCACAAAUGCACUUUUUGCUCUUACACAACUUUGAAUGCUGGAAACUUAAAUCAACAUUUACGAGUGCAUACCGGAGAACGGCCAUUUAUUUGCGAGUUAUGUGGUAAAAGAUUUGUGCAAAAACAGCAUUUGCAAGCACAUAAUUUCACUCAUUUAUCCAAAAAACAUUAUAAGUACUGUAAUGUUUUUUUUUUAGGUUUUCGAAAAAAAGACGCUGUUUUUGGAGAAAAGUUUCAAAUAUCUGAUGGCAAAAGAACAUUUCAAGUAAAACAGCACCAAUGCACUUUUUGCUCUUAUACGACAUUUAACGGUGGACAUUUAAAACAGCAUUUACGAAUUCAUACUGGUGAACGGCCAUUCGUUUGCAAAUUAUGUGGGAAAGGAUUUGUGCAGAAACACCAUUUAUUAUCACAUAAUUUUAUUCAUUUACCCAAAAAACUUUAGAAAAUAACAAACACUUUCAUAACAUAGAAUAAAUUUUAUUUAGUAAUUUAUGUAUUUUUUUUUAAACACUGCAAAACGUAUAAAGUUUUUUGUUGCAUGAGGGUAGAUACCAGGCCUCGUAAGCAUGCGACAGUUGAAGCUGGUGACAAAAAAGAAAGAAACUUUUUAAAAAAUGCUAAAGCACAAAAAUUUUGUAAGCUCUUUGUUUUAAAAUUAUAGUUUAAACCAGAAAAACCUAUUUUAAGCUAUGUGUUACAUUUAAAAUUGAUAUUUUGGAUUAUUCUGUCCAAAUAAAAGCAUUAACAAAGCUGAACAUCAUUAAUUGAUUUUUAUCAGUUAGCGUGGAAGUAAAAAAGUUUUCAAUGUUUCAACAUCAAGGCAGAUAUGUUCUUAUUUUUGCAGUGAAUUUUGUCCGGAACCUAAUAUAGAAAAACUAGUCAUUAAAAUCCAAAGCAUUUAUUACUGAAUAAAAAUUAAAAUAACCAGCAUGGAGCAUAUUCUUGAAAUAUUGGAUAGCCUGAAGAUAACCUUUAAUUUAGCCAUUGGGAAAUUGCAAUAGUUUUUCUGCAAGUGUGGUUUUUCUGUUGUCAUGUACAAGUUUCAUCUUUCACUUUGCUCUGUGUGCUUGUUUUAACUGUUAAUUUUAAUCAAAAUACAGCUGCCUGAUUAAAAUGUCAUACAAAUAUGUCAGAAGAUUUUUAUGUUAGUUUGUUCAUAUAUAUACAUAUGUUACUAAAGGUUAAGUUAAUAUUUGCAAUUUUAUUUGUAACUUUUAUUUGUUUUUAGAAACCAAUACCUGACUGAAACAUGCAUUGCGUAAUUAGUUAGAGUAUUUUAUUAUUAGUGAAAAAAAAGUGAAAAAACAUUGCAUUAUUUAUGUUUUUCUUUUGUUUUUUAAAUUUUUUAUGUGGAGUAUCUGUCUUAUAAAUUCAGUUUUUUUUUCAAAUAUGUAAAUGAAAUAACUCUUUUAAGCAGAUAACUUUGUUGAUAUGCAAAUAAUGUUCUUUGUUGAUAUGCAAAUAAUGUAUUUUUUAUUUAUUAGAAAAAAAUAAAUUUGGAGCAAUUUUGUUAAUUUACUUU